AUGCUGAAAUUUUUACUAUUUUCUUUAAUCGCAAUUUUGCUGAUUAAUAAGAUAUCGGCACAAUGUGAACGAAGUCCCACCGUUAAUUGUAUCAUUUACGAUGAUAUUCAAGUUAAAACUUUCGAUGGAAACGUUUAUGGAUUUCUAUCAAGCUGUGAUUAUCAACUCCUUUUGAUUCCGGGAAAAGGUUUAAGUGUUACCUAUAAAAGGAAUCCGUCGAGUUUGGAAGUUGUUUGGGGUGGAAAAAUUUUUGUGAUCACUUUAUUAAAUAAUGUUGCUUCUUUAACGAAAGAUGGUAACUUCCAAGGGAUUCCAAGCACGACGAGUGGGGUUAAAUUUAGUAGACCAGGUCGGAUGGUUGUGGUUAAAAUCGUCGCUUUGGAUAUGAAAAUUAAAUAUGAUGGAGAUACCGUUGAGAUAAUUUUGAAGAAUUCGGCAACAACACCGAACACUUUGGGAUUAUGCGCUGAUAAUAACGGAUGUGUUAACGAUGAUUUAUUAUUACCAAACGGGCAACAAGCUGCUUCAGUUACAGCUUGGGCUGAUUCAUGGGCCACUACAACUUGUACUUCAUCCGAUUUCACAUUAACUUGUACUCAAAAUCAAUUAUCGGCUGCUCAAACUUUUUGUGACAACCUAUUUAUUAAUAACCCUCAAUUCGGAGAUUGCACCUUAAUUGCCGGCGCUUUCCUCGAUAUUUGCAUGUCAAGUUAUUGCUCUUGCGCUUUAUCAAACGCAGUCGAUUGCGAAUGUUCCAUGUUAGACAUGUUUGUAAGAACUUGCGAGGUUGGUUUUGACAUGUUGGUGAGUUGGAGAGGUGCUACAAUGUGUCCAAUCUCAUGUUCGGUCCCUGAUGAAAGUUAUAUGAGAUGCGCCCACAACAACAAACAAUUAGAUUGUUGGGAACCCGAAGUGACCGAUCCAAGCUUAUACGAUUGCGAAGAAGGGUGUUAUUGCUCAAACGGGUUAAGAUUAUACGAGGAUGAGUGUUUAACACUCUCCGAAUGUCCUUGCUUUUACGAUGGGACUUAUUAUGCGAGCGGGACGACGACCCAACAAGAAUGUAAUUCUUGUACUUGCUCAAAUGGGCAAUGGUCUUGUACUAAUAAUGAUUGCAUGGUUUGUGCUGAAUGCAUUGGGGACCCCCACUGCACCACAUUCGAUGGCAAAAAAUACGAUUUCCAAGGAAAAUGCUUGUAUUAUCUCGUUCGUGGGAACGGUUUUGAUAUCAUUUGCGACCACUACGUUUACACAGCUAGCGGUAUUUACAAAGACAUCACUUCGUCCGCCCCAGCUGUUUGCGCAAGAGUCCUCAUCAACAUCGAUGGAUACAACAUCGUUUUGGGACAAUCACAAGUUGUUACAGUUAAUGGCAACACAAUCGGAUGGUUCCCAUAUUCGAAUUUACCCGAUUUCUUAAUCAGCAAACCCACCACGGAAUUCGUUCAAGUUACUUUAUGGAACGGAAUCACAAUUCAAUUCACCGGCCAAUGGUACGUUCGAGUUUGCGUUCCGUGGGUUUUCCAUAACCGAGUUGAAGGUUUACUUGGGACCCUCACCGACACUCAAGUUGAUGAUUUCACCAAACCCGAUGAUACAAUAACAACUGACCCCAACGAAUUUGGACAUUCUUGGAAGGUUCCUGGAAGCUGUGAGAACGAAAAUGUCGCAGAACCGAUUCAUCCGUGUCUCGUAAAUCCAUCGAGGGAAGUAAACGCUGAAAAUAUUUGCUCGCCCAUUAUCUCAAGUUUAUUCGCCGGAUGUUCCGCUAACCCUCAAGCUGAUUAUGAAGAUUGCGUUUAUGAUGGGUGUAAUUGCGAGGUUGAUGACACCAGGUGUUUAUGCGAGCAUUUUAUGGCUCAAGAAAGGAAAUGUUUUAAGAAUGGGAUUACUGUUAAUUGGAGGGAUACGAUUACUCAAUGUUCUGUGACUUGCCCAAGUGGACAAACUUAUCAAGCUUGUGGAAGUUCUUGCCAAACUUGCGAUGAUAUCUCAUUAAGUGGUAAUUGCGUGGAAGAGUGUGAGGGAGGGUGUAGAUGUCCUGCAGGACAAGCGAUGAAUUAUAACGAUCAAUGCGUUCCAAUUAAUCAAUGUACUUGUAUAUGGAAUGGUGCUAGAUUUAGCGCAGGAAAUUAUUUCGUUGAUAAAGAUCAAGCUUUAAAAUACACUUGCGUAAACGGACGUUGGGUGAUAACCGAUAGCACCCCAACAGAAAUAACAGAUCCAAGCCAAGAUUGUUCAAAUACGUUCUUGGUUUACGCCGGUUGCAAACGAACCAACACCUUAACUUGUUACAACAAGCAUUUAGAAGAACGUCCUAACUUUGAAAAUUGCGUUGGAGGAUGCGAAUGUGUAGUUGGAUUCGUUUUGGACACCGCAAUUGGAGUUUGCGUUCGUCCCGAAGAAUGUCCAUGCAUGUAUAAAGGAAUCAGUUACCCCGAUAACUCCGUUGUAAGCAACCGGGAAGAAAGAUGUACUUGUAACGCGGGAUUAUGGGAGUGUAUCCCUGAAACUGACCAUUGGGAAACAUGUAUUGCUUCUGGAGAUGUUCAUAUCAGAUCGUUCGAUGACACGAUCUUUUCGUUUGAAGGAUAUUGCGAAUAUGUCGUCUUCUUUUAUCAAUCACCUACUUUUGGGAUGAUUAGAGCUACAAUUGAGUCAUCUUCUUGCCCCACUGGGGCUUGUAUGCGAACUGCAUCAAUUCAUAGAAGAGCCCCGAAUGGAGUUACAGAAACAAUUAUCUUCAAUAUCGAUGGAACCAUCGUUCAAAGCCAAUUAACCAAUUUGAUUAUGACCGAUAUGGGUGCUUCAGUUUUCGUUGAUGUUCUCAAUGCUGGGAUAAGAUUCGUUUGGAAUCGAAGCGGCCAACUCCAAGUUCAUGUCAGUCCUUUAUGGUUAACUCAACACAGUUCAGGUUUAUGUGGCCAAUACGAUAAUAACCCAGCUAAUGAUUUAGAAGUACCUGGGAAAACGUUAAAUGGAGUCGUUGAUUUUGUUAAUAAUUGGAAACGCGAUUCAAGUUGUGCUUCGGCAACUGAAAUUGGACCUUAUUCCAUGCUUAUUCCCGAUGACCCUUGCGAAUAUCUUAAGAAUGGAGUCUUUAAAACUUGUAAUUACUUAGUUCCGGUUGAACCAUGGUUAGAAAAAUGCCGACAAAAUUCCCAACAGCAAAAAGGAGUUCCUCCAGCUCAACGUAAAAAUCAUUAUUGCGCUGUAAUUUCAUCUUAUGCCCAAUUAUGUACUGAGGCUGGAGCUCCGGUUGAUUGGAGGACUGCAACCAUGUGUCCUGUAUCUUGUACUGGAAAUAAAGCACUAUUCCCUUGCGAAACUCCAUGUGCAAGAGAAAAUUGUGACAACACUGUCGGAUUUAAUUGCCCUGAUAAAAUCUGCGUUGAAGCUUGCAAAGAUCCAAAAUGUCCUUCUGGACAGGUUUAUUUAGAUGGAACUAACACACAAUGUGUUCCUGUAAGUCAAUGUCCUGCUACAAGAAGACUUUUGAGAUGGUUGAAUGGUUAAAAAUUAAUUUUCGAAUUAAUAACAUGUUUAUUGCAAAAAAAAUGUUUUUGAUUGAAGAAAUAAACGUGAAUA